AGCUAGCUGUCAACGUGACAGCUGCGUUUUCAGGCCGCUGGAAUCCUGUAGACGUUUGCCACGUUUGAUUUUAUUUCUUCCGGGUUUCAUAAAUCUGCAUGCAGGAGACUGAAGAAUCUUGAUUAUAUUUUAACGAAAAGCUUUGGUUCGUUAUUUUACUGAAAAGCUGCCUGUGAGGUCCAAUAUUAAAUUAUUGAAACACCAUCUCAGGUAGGUUUAUGACAGUUCAUGUGUUUAUCAAGAUACACUGGCACGCGGGGCAGGCCACUUUAAGCGAUAUAAUGUCUGUGAAGAAAUGACAUUUUUCUGGACAGUAGUAUAAAACUUCUCUGGAUAAGAAAAUUUAAUUUGGACGUUUAAACUUUAAAUAGUGCAGGGUGCAAAGAAAGUGGGUCUUACGGCUAGCCAUUCAGGCAAGUUGUUGCUAUUAUCUACGAGCCCAUGAGUCUGUAAAGUAACCCCAAAAAAUUUUUGAUGAAUAACGUUGAUUACAGUCCUUCUGUAUUUUGAAUUUCCCCCAAAAAAACACUUGCCCUUUGGGGAAGUUAAGAACAGGAUUCACUAGCCUGAUUGCAAAAUCCAUUAGCCCCAGGCUAUCAGACACAACUUUCUUUGCACGCUGUAGCUAAUUUAUCAAGGGUAUAUAAAGUGCCCAUCAAAUUAAGUGGACUUUUUUCAUACAACCCAGGUUAAAAAUAAACACUGAGCUGCUACUGCCAUGGCAACCGUACAGGAAAAAUUACUGGAGAGAGUUUUUGAAGAGGAGGGAACUUUAACUGUCAGGAAAGUGACUAUUGUUGGAGUAGGACAAGUUGGGAUGGCUUGUGCUUACAGUAUAAUGCAGCAGGUAAUGACUGUGUAUUUAUCAUGCGUCAAUUGGUAAAGAAGGCCAGGAGCUUAUAACCCGGAGUGAGUAACUUCCAUGUGCUUGGGUCACUACAUUUUCACGGACCAGUUUAUUUUUAGAAUGGUUUUGCGCAAAUUGUGAAUAUCUUUUAAAUUCCACAAACUAGUCAGCAAAACCUACAGACCUAAAAAUGAUAAUUUUUGCCUUUUAAUAAUAUUUAGUUUUCCUUUUUUAUAUCUUUUACUUCCAGUGGGCUCAUAGAUGUGGUGGAGAUUCUAUUUGAGCGGGGAAAAAGUGCCCUGAAAUGUGUCUAAAAAUAAACUUGUCUAUAAAAACGCCAUGGCGUAGGCCUAGUAUGGAAGUUGCUUGCUUUGGUUUAUGGGCUCCUUAGAAGGCUCUGUUCACUUGUCAGAACUGAUUUUCUGCCAACAUUUGCAGUAUUUUCAACACUCUACAAAUCAGACAUCAAGGCACCAUACUGCAUUCAGAUAUCAUAAACAGGGACAAAAGUACCUCCUAGCCCUGAUCAACAGCCAAAAAUAUGUUGUUUUAGAUUGAGGGGAAACUGUUUGGCCUAGGUACUUACAGGUAAAACAAUGAGCUGUACUCAUGACAUCUGGAAUGUGACCUACAAUAGAAGCCUUUGCCAGUCUUUAAUCAGAAGUGAAAAUUAAACUCAAGGCUGUGAGAGUAAAAGGGAGGGGUGGGUAUGUAAUUUGUUUCAAGCAACUUGAUCAUUCCCCUCAGAAAACAUCUGAACAAAUAACUGUUAACCUGUUCCACCCCUGAAAAAAGAAAGACUUGUCAAUAGGUCAUCAGUUAUCACUCUUAUAUAAAAUUUUGUCAAAAGCAUUACUAUAGCUCUUUUAUUCCAUGGUCAGAUGUGUAUGUCCAGCGUAUACCAUAAUGAUCCUCUGUGUACAACUUCUCAUUAGGGAAUAUGCCGAGAAAUAGCACUAGUUGACAUGUUAAAGGACAAGUUGCAGGGAGAGCUGUUAGACAUGCAACACUGUCAGCGAUUUGUGAAGCAUGUUGACAUUCAAGCCAGCACUGGUAAACUUUUUAAAAUAUAUUAUUGCUGUUCUUAAUCAUACAGAACUCUAACAGCUUGACUAUAGUUCCAACUUCCACACCCCAGUAUAGAAUGAACAAUAAUGGUAUAUAGGUUAAAAAUUAUAUUUGAUGCUUAUCCUGUCACUAUGGAAUUUAUCCAUUCUUCUAGUGUUGGCUGUAACAGUUUCAAAUAAGUGUGCCCUUUAAACACCUGAAUCAGCACCAAAUAUGCACCUAAAACUAUAAUAAUCCCUUAACCUUCCAAGACUAUGCUGUAACUGCUAACUCCAACUUGUGCAUUGUGACUGCUGGAUCACGUCAGAAGGAAGGAGAAAGCAGAAGGGACCUGGUACAGAGAAAUGUUAACAUCUUCAAGGGUAAGAUAAUAAUAUAGCCAAAGUAUAGUGUUGGAUGUGGGGCGUGGGAUUCCUGUGUGCACUUGUGCAGCUGAUUUUCCUUCUCCUCCACUCCCCCUUCCCUUUCAAAAGGCCGCUUUAUAAGGAGACUUGGGAAAGUUAUGUGACAGUCUGCAGAAUAGUUGACUGCCUCAAGACAGUCUUAAUGUGUCAAAAGAUAAAGGGGUCAAUACGCAUCAUAAAGGGACUUAAUGUAGGGCCAUUCCAUUUUAUAUCCACACCCCCUCUAUAAAUGAGAUUUUCUGAAGGGGUCAGUAUUAGGAGAGUGGUUUUUCUGAAGGAGGCUGUUGUCCAAAAAUGUCAAUUUGACAAGGGUGCAAAUACCAAGAAUAAAUUUCUGAAGCGAUAAAUGGAGAGCUACAUCAUCAAUAUAGGCGUGGUGAAUAUAGUUUUUCUUUUGAAGAGUACUGUACAACUUCUUUUCAGAACGGGAAAAAUAACAUCGCCAUAUUGUCUGAAGGGUACAGAACGAAAAUAAUACUAUUUCUGAGGGUAUCUAAGAAUAAAUGUUAAUUUCUGAAGUGGGUAACCCCAGAAAUAAUUUUCUGAAGGGGUCAGGCAAAAAGACUCUCAUCAGUGGGGGGUGUGGAUAUUAAAUGGAAUGGCCUGUAGUCCACAUCCAAGACCUUGCGAACUAAACAUAGAUACUCUAUCCUCAGAAAAUGAUGACUGGAAGGGUUAAUCAAUGUUGCUGUACAUAGUCUUAACUCUACUCUUAUCAAUUAACAACAAAGGCAUGCAACCAACACAACCCAUCAAAGCUCAAGGUAUCAAGAGGCUCACAUAGGAAACAAGAAUAAAAUUAAUUGAAUGAAAAGCGUUCAUUGAUUCCCCGGGAAUAAGCUUUCCGUGUUGCUCUAAUAUUGUAGGGAAGAGCCGAAAGAGAUUGCUAUGUGCUGGUUAUUGUUCCUGGUAGUUUCGCAUACGCUGAAACUUCACGCGGGAUUGUGUUAACCAAUAUGUACAACGAACUAUCAAUUUGUUAUUUUACCUUUAGUGUGAUUGUGAUUUUUCUUAUAGGGAUUAUUCCUCAAUUGGUAAAGUACAGCCCCAACACAAUUCUGAUGAUUGUAUCUAAUCCAGGUAAAAAAAUGACUAGCAGUUAUAAACAGGCCUUUAGGGUAAUGCGGUGAAGAACGCAGGAGCCUCUUUCCUUUCCUCCCCCCUGCCCCCAGUUUCCCCUCCCUGGCGGCCUGCGCUUUGGCGCUUUCUAGCUUUCUCACCUCGUUCCCAGGUUCUUUCUCCUACCCUGGGAACGAGGUAGUACCAUGCUCGUCCAAUAUGCCAUUGGAACGGAGCUUCUGGACUGUAAUCCUGUAGCCCCCCACGCAGACGUUCUUGAGCUCCGUCGAGCCUCCUUUCCCCACAGACGUUCGUGGGGAAGGAACGUGUGACGGCCGUCUACGUGGGGGACUAGAAAGCCUCACCUCAGUGGUCAAUCGGGGAUUCUAGGAACGAGGUUCUAGUACAGUGUAAAUGUGACAUACUUUUUUACAUGUUUUGUUGUUCAUAAAAGAACCCGUAGCGCCGCCUCGCUAAGUCAGAUGUUGUGACACUAAUGUAACGUACGCUUUUUGCACGCCCCGUUGCAUCAUGUUGUUGCAUGUUUUUUUGCGUGUUGUUGGGAAUUGUUGCGCAAAGUUUGAAACCGGUCAAACUUUUAGCUACGGCCAACAAUGUUGGGAGUUGUUGCGUCCGUUUGCACAUAGCUUUACGCACUCUUUGGUUCUUAAAAAUCUUUUAUUACACAGUUGACAUUUUGACGUACGUGGCUUGGAAAAUCAGCGGUCUUCCUCGUGAGCGUGUGAUCGGAAGUGGAACCAAUUUGGACACUGCUCGGUUUCAUUUUCUGAUCAGCGAAAAACUGAAUGUCGCUCCAACCAAUGUACACGGCUGGAUCAUCGGAGAACAUGGCGAUGCCAGUGGUAUGUUUCCCGUAGCGUUUAAUGGCCUUUAGUAAAAUUCAAGCCGUCAUUCUUCAUUUUUGUGCCUUUGAAGGCUAUUUUCUGUGAUUCAGAUACUAUGUAUUAGUUUCCGUCCCAUCUGAAACUACAGAGUUUUCUCUGUUUUUACAGAGUUUUUAAUGUGUGAAAGGUGUGUAGAUGUUUUGCCUUCUAACAGGAGUAGAGAAACACGGUUUCCUUCCUUUUUCUCUUCGCCACUUCUACACGCUUUUACAGUACAGUCCAAACCACGUUAAUACGGACACUGAGGGGACCAUGGAGAGUGUGCGUAUUAAGCGGGUUGAAUUUAGAGAAAACAUGGGGGCUUUUUCCAGGGACAAGGAAAACUGUCCGUAAUAACGGGGUGUCCGGGUUUAGCGGGUGUCCGUUAAUUGGGAUAUUGCUGUACUAAGGCAAGAAUUUCACUUAUUUAUCCAGCAGCCUGAGUUGCAAGGGUCUGCUGCAGGGGAGGUACGGUGGGGAGCAAGGAUGGCGCAGUGGUGAGGCGCGCGCCCCGCACUUGAGAUGACCUGGCGGUUUUCAAAUACAACUGCGUAUUCGCCAUAAAAAAAAAGUUUGCAGUUGGUUUUUUCCGAGAGGUUUUUCUCCGGGUACUCCGGUUUUCCCCUCUCCUCAAACACCAACACUUUCAAAUUCCAAUUCGAUCUGGAACGCACGGACACGUUUCAACGAGUUCAUGUGAACUCUCAAGUGCUUCGUGGGUAAAAAAGCAAUUUACAAUUUUUUUUUAAUGCAGAGGUCUCUUGUGAGAAUAUCCAGCAUGAAAUAUACCACGUCCUGCGCCGUUUAAAAGUGCUCCGGUUAAGAAGUAUUACUAAGUGUCAGGCUUCUAGCUUAGCUGGCUUUGGUAAAUUUAACUCAGUUUGACUUUUCAUUUGCAGUUGCUGUAUGGAGUGGUGUUAAUAUAGCAGGAGUGAACUUGAAAGAUCUUAACCCAGGCAUGGGUGGAAAAGACGAUCCUGAAAAAUGGGAAGACAUUCACAAGAAAGUCAUCAACAGGUAAUGGUCGCAUUGCUUAUCUCGGCACUUCGAAAAAUCUUUUUUUCACCAAUGAGUUACUACGUUUCUUUUUUGAGUGAAGGCUUCCCUUUUAACAGUCAGCAACUUGUACUUCAUUUGUUAAGUGCCUACGAGAUGAUCAAACUGAAAGGCUACACAUCUUGGGCCAUUGGACUGAGUGUCGCUCAGAUGACCCAGACGAUCAUCCGAAAUCAGAAGAAUGUCCACGCUAUUUCUACUCUUGUCAAGGUAGGUAAAGGUACGAUCAUCUCCCCCCACCGCAUCCCCGGAUUGUGCAGGCAAAAAAGGUUCUACUCGCAAUACCGGCAAUCGCAAUACCGGCAAUCCUUGUUUGUGACCUCGCUUCAAGUUCCAAAAUCGUCCGCGUCUGGUCGGCACCGAGGCAUCGGUUUUAACUGAUUUGUUUUUGUAAGGAAAUGUAAUCAAAACUGACGGACAAAUUUCGCUUUAGCUAAGUUCAGGUGAAAGAUGAAAAGACACGCUGGCUAACGUUUUUAAAAUUUUGUUCUUUUAUUCUAAGGAAACUGGGUCGAGCUAACUUUCCCAAAGACUUCUGGAACUGUUACUAGGGGAAGAAAAUCGGCGCGGCAGACUGUAAUUUACCACGGGGCAGGGCGUAGAGGGAGGGUGAGACUUGUAGACUGGCAGGUAAACGAGGUAAACAUUGUUGUGAAAUGCUUUAACAGAUUCCCUGUCCUUAAACUUUAUGUCUUCUAAACGUCUAGUUUAGGGAUAAGGAAUCUGUUAGGGCAUUUCACAACGAUGUUUACCUGGUUUAUCUGCCAGUCUGCAAGCCUCAUCCCCCCUCCCCCCUUCGCCCGUGAUCGCGUCCCAAGUAACGACCCCAGAAACGAUUACGUGACACAUUUCGACACCAGUCUCCUCAGCGUUUCUAUUGCUGGUUUUCAGUGUCACGCCAUCCAAAAUAGAUCAAAAUAAAAAUCAAAACCAUUCGACAAAUAAAGUCCAGAAUCUGAGAAAUGAGAGGAGGUAAAUAUACAAAGACCCUCGCCAAGAUUUGGGUCAAAGGAAUAACUCGUAUACGAGAUAUCCGAGGAAAUGUUUUACCCAAAGUUAUUACCGAGUUUUGCUACAAAAUGGUAAUUAUAAACAUUUAACACUUUAACUGUUUAGAUUCCGAAAAAACUCAUGGUUGUUUUUGUUUAUUCAGGGUUUUCAUGGAAUUGAUGAAGACGUGUUUCUCAGCCUUCCUUGCGUGCUUGGUUCCAAAGGUGUCAUGUACGUCAUCAAACAAACCUUGGACGAAAACGAGGUCAAGCAGCUACAGAGCUGCGCACGCACUAUGCACGAAAUACAAAAGACCCUGGUGUUUUAAGUGCAGUGCAAGGAGCUUCCUUAGAUAGUCUUAAUGUCCUGUUAACGGUUCAUGAAAUAACAGGAAACUGAUUACUGAAACGUCCUUAAAGUGACGCCCAUAGCCUAGAAAAGGCACUGGUCCUAGACCGUCUCAUUUUUGCAUGCGAGGUGAAAAUCCCAGAUGUUAGAGCGAAUCCCAGCAAGACAGGUUAAAAAAAACGUUUAUUUAUUAGCCUUGUAAUGCACAUAGUAGGGUACUAUAAAAAUAGAACUGUAAUAAGGA